UUUCUUCCUCUUAACAUCGACAUCCUCCGUUAACCACUCGACUCGCACCCGAACCUCACCACCGAAGCCUCUCCCGCAUCUCCGCAACCGCCGCAACAAUGGGUCUCGUCGAUGCCAAGAACCCGGUGCCUCAGCACCAGCGCUUCUACCAGUCCGCCUACAAGGCUCACACCCGUCUCUGGCUGAUCAACCCUCGCAGCCGCUUCCUCAUGACCCCCUACCUUAUCAUUCUCUGGGGCUCCGCUGCCGCUGGCCUCUACGGUGCCGGCCGCAAGGUCCUCGGCUACAAGACCUACUUCGGUUCCGAAUAGACGAUGGUACUUGCUCGAUUUCGCCAAUAGCUCGCAAGGCGAUGGAGUGGUGUGGUUCACUGUGAAUAGUAGAGUGUGUCAAUAGAUGGACGCAAUUCAGAUCCUCAGGACCUCAACGGUGUUACUACG